AUGGAAGUUGAUGAGCCGACUGCGACGUCAUCAGCGUCGAAUGCGCUUGUUGCCAUGGACACAUCCGAAGGCCCGAUCGAACCCGACGAAGUUUAUGGUUGGAUCAAAUCGAUUUGAUCAAGAUAACAAUGUAAGUUGCAGCGGAGCAAAUAGAGUGGAGAUUUAGCCAAGUGAAGGGCAACAUCGACGUCGAGGACGGCCACACCGAAGGUUUCUCUCUGUUCUGCAAGUCUUCUCUAUCAUUUCCGUUUUCAGCCGACAUUAUUUCCUGCGUCGAGUUUUCCCAUGACGGAGAGUACCUCGCCACCGGCGACAAAGGUGGCCGAGUCGUCAUUUUCCAGCGCGACCAGAGCGUUCGUUUUUCUGUAGAGAUUAUGCAAAUCAACAAUGGAACUCUUUUUCAGCAAUGUUUAGCUUAUAAAUUCCAGUUCGUUGAAAAAAAUGUUUCUGUGUGAUAAUGGCGUGUUCAAAGUAAUUUCCGCGAAAUGAAAAAUUAUCUCUGACUCUCCAAGAUUUAGUUAUCUCUUUCUUUCUCUGACGACUAUUUUGGAUUUCACUUUGAACACGGCACAAACUUCAAUGCAAAUCGAAAACUGCGAAAAACCAUAAAACUGGAUGAAUUAUUGAACUUUUGCAGGGGAAAUAUAUAAAAGGAGCCCGCUCAAGAGAAUACAAUGUUUAUUCGACGUUUCAAUCUCACGAGCCGGAAUUCGAUUACUUGAAGUCUUUAGAAAUAGAAGAGAAAAUCAACCAGAUACGGUGGCUGAAAAAGAAAAAUGCGGCCAACUUUAUUCUGUCGACGAAUGGUUCGUCCUUUGCUGAUAAUUGUGGUUCACGGCUUUUUCUUGAAGAUAAAACAGUCAAGCUUUGGAAAAUCAGCGAAAGAGAACGGAGAAUGGCCGACGACUCGUGGAACCUUCCCAGGACGAAUAGGAUAAAGUUAGUCAAAUCCAGAAUCUGCGGUCUACUUUUUUUUUUUUCUAUCCUAGGACAGUUCCUAGGAACUCCAGAGCGGUCACUACAGGGAUAAUUUUAAAAGCCCUUGGAGGGUCCUCUAUAGGGAAAACUAAAGCUUUCGAAAGUGCUGCCUAUAUUCAUUUCAUUCAUUUCAUUUCAAGUGUUUAUUCGCCAUUCCGCAAUCAGCACGACAAAUACAAAAAAAUAUUGGUAAUUCUAUUCGAUAAAUGUUAUGAACUUCAAGCGUAGAAGCAUUUCCGUUGGAAAAAAUAAAGAAAUAAGCGUUUUCUGAAUGAAAUUGAAAAACCACUAUAGGGACCACUUGAGUUCUAGGGGCUAAGGGGUCAGACCCUAAACCACUAGAGGGACCACCUUAUUUUUACUUUUAUAGAGAUUACUUUUUCGGCCCCUAUAGAAAUGGUUUUCGCCCCUAAGCCCUAUAGGGACCACUCUGGAAGGUUAGAGAAAAAACUAAUUUUAAAAUGGUUGAUCACUGCUUUUGAUAAAGAUGCUGGCGAAAUUUUAGAAGAAUUUCACUAUCAGAACAAAAAAAUUGUGCAUCUGGGAACACUGCUAAUUUACAGCUCUGCGUUCCGAGGCCGCCUCCAGAUCCCGAACAUUGUGCCGAUGGAAUUGAUAGUGGAAGCGAGUCCCCGACGCGUCUAUGGCAAUGCCCACACUUACCACGUCAAUAGUAUUUCGGUCAACUCGGAUCAGGUUUUUUUUUUUCAGUUUUAUCCCUUUUUUUCAUUGGAGAUUGGAGAAGUUUGUGAUUUUUAUGGGCUGUUCAACUUGAACCGCUUUUCAUUUUCUUGUAACAUUUCUUUGAACUUUCCACUUUUUAGGAGACUUUCCUCUCGGCCGACGACCUCAGAGUGAACUUGUGGCACUUGGAGAUCACUAAUGAGUCUUUCAGUGAGUUGCUAAUUUUCGAGACUUCUCAGCAAAUGCCCUUCUUUUUCUGACUCUGACGUGGCGCCCGGAUUAUCUCCGAAUCGGCGCCGGCUUUCAAUACUCGCCUUCUAAUUUUGAACAUUGGCCCAUAAUCCCCAGUGUUAUUUUUUCUGCGGAUUAAAUGUGUCGACUGAAAACGCUUCAUCCAUAUACAUCUUAUAAAUCUAUAUCGGAAGAAAACUAAGUUUUUGAACAGUAAGAAGCCAACGGGGAGUAUUGAGAACUAUUCAACUUUGCUCCAGAAAACUUUUGAAACUUUCCAAAAAAUCAAACUUGCUCAACUGUUUCGUUUUUUUGAACAUGGCUUCCAUUCUCGGAAAAUGAAAAAGUUCCACAGAUUUUCGAGAUCUUCCUGGGAAAGUUUUUAGUGGCCACUAUAGAGGUUCGCCAAGGACUACUUGGAGAGGACACUAAAGUGGCCACUGAACCCACCUCUAUAGUGGCCACUAUUUGCCGUUUUAGUGUCCACUAUAAAGGCUCUCUAUUUAGUGGCCACUUCAGUAGUUUUUCAUCCAGUAUUCCUUAAAGUAUUUCUGAUAACUUUAAAACAAACAUAUUAGACCAGUUAUGUUGAUCCAUUGGCCCCUGAAGUGGCCACCUAAAAUUUUCAAUGGCCUAGUAGUAGCACGUAGACCUCUAUAGUGGCCACUAAUUUUAAACCCCUUGAGUGGCCACUAUUUUGACUACUAUAGGGGCCACAAAACGUCAAAACCCUAUAGUGGCCGCUAAAAAUUUUCCCAGUUCAUGAACGGGAUCAUGAAGAAAUAUUUUCGCUGAUUUCUGGCUUGAAAAAAUGUGUUUGAUUGACUCAGCGGAGCAAUUGAAACUGAAUAGAAACAGAUUUUAAAAAAAACUGCUGAUUUUUGUUAAUCGAUAACUUUUCGGUUUCAGAUAUUGUCGACAUCAAGCCAACAAACAUGGAGGAACUCACAGAAGUGAUCACGGCGGCCGAAUUUCAUCCCCAGCAGUGCAAUUGGUUCCGUUAAUUGCUUUAAUAUUUUAUAUCAACAAAAUCUGAACGUUUUUUGGGUUGCUUUCAAAAAUAAUACGUUUGGCCCAUUUCGGGAAAAUGUCUAGGUUCGCGACUUUCACAAAAAAUGAGAGCUUGCCACGUAAAGGAAGUUUUCUCACUUUUCUGGCGCCUUUUAUCUCUAUCACUGACUAUACGGUCUUGUAUUUCAUUAAAAUCACUAUUUCAUUUUUUAAAAUGUAGAAUCUGAUCAAUGAAAAAAGGAUGAUUUUUUGGUGGUAUGAAAUAAAAUAAAAACGGAAUUUCGAACGGCGACUUUUCCGAUUUUUUCAUAUCGCUAGGGAACUUGUCGACUAAUCCUUUUCCGACUUUUUUUUUCUCGAUAAACUCUUCUUUUUGAAUUUUCCUAUGUAAAAUAGGUAGUUGAUUCAUGAUUAAAACACAAAAAAAAGGAAAAAUGUUAUUUUUUCUGGAAACUUUGCAGUCGAAAAGUUCCCUAGCGGUAUGGAAAAUCGGAAAAAUUUAGAAAUCCGCUGUUUUUUUUUCAUACCGCCGAAGAGCUGCCAGAGAAAAGAGGUUGUCUCACUUUUCUGGCGUCUCUUCGAACCUUCUUUUAUCUCUAUCACUAUACGGUCUUGUAUUUCAUUAACAUCACUGUUUCAAUUUUUAAGUGUGGCCAAUCAAAAAUGAAUGAUUUUUGAAGGUUCGUAUACUCUUCCUCCAAAGGAUCAAUACGACUGUGCGACAUGCGUGACCGGGCACUAUGCGACGCGCACGCCAAGAGUCAGUGACGAUUUUUCCGCUGAAGUAAUCCUUUGAUUCGCAGUUUACGAAGAGCCCGAAGACCCGCAGACACGGUCCUUCUUCUCUGAAAUCAUCGCUUCCGUCAGCGACAUCAAAUUCUCCCACAGUGGUCGCUACUUGCUCACCCGUGACUAUCUCACCGUCAAGGUAUGUUUUUGACGCGUUUUUGAAAAUUUGAUGGGUCUUGAGUUGUUAAAACCAAUAAAAUUUUCAUUUAUGAGAAGCUAGCUGGAAGUUCUGAAGAAAAAUAAACUGGAAAAUAAGGUUCAUAGUUUACUUCUACGUGUGGCUUUUUCUUUAUUCUCGAUGACAUCAUAUUAGUCGGAAAAGGCCCAAAUUUUAUUUUUCCGUCCUUUCCAUUUAAUCCGAAAAAUAGUUGUUUUCUAUGACUUGAGAAUCUUCUGCAUUAUGAUUCUGUUUUUCAACGAAAAAAACUAUCUUAUUAAUGCGGUUAUAUGAAAAUUAUAUAAUUUAUCUUCUUUUUAUUGGUUCUUAUGAUGAAAUGGCGAAGAUUUGAAAAAAGUUCUAGGCGAAAAAUUGGUCUAUACCAAAACCAUUUCCUGGGCUCCGUAUAAUUUCGACCAUUUUUCUGAAUACUUUAUUGUAUGGUCUAUUAGUCCGUUUUUUGCGACUUGAAAAGAUGAGACUUCUCUGCGCCCUCCUUAUCUCUCGACGUCUCUCUCAUGUUUACUUGCUAUUUCCAUGUUUCUCUGACCUUGCCGGUGAGGGAACAGAGAGACGCAGACACGCGAAAACUGUCAAGUCGCGCCGGACGGACUAUAAAACUCACUUUUUGCAGCUUUUUGUAAGUUAUUCAUUUUGAGGUGUGGGACCUGAACAUGGAGUCGCAACCUGUCGAGACGUAUCCCGUCCACGACUACCUACGGACUAAACUCUGUGCGCUCUACGAGAACGACUCUAUUUUCGACAAGUUCGAGUGUGGAUGGAGCGGCGACGACAAGUAGGCCAGAUCCCCUCGGAAGGAAUAUUACGUCGAUUUCAGACACAUUCUCACCGGCUCCUACCACAACCUGUUCCGGACGUAUUCCCGACACGCUCGAGGCAACGUCGCCGAAGCGAAGACUUGGGAGGCCCGGCCGCAAGAGCCGCACGCCCCUCUCAGAACUCGCAAAGUCGGAUCCGGCGGCAAGCGGAAACGCAAUACAGUCCCUGGCAACGCCAUCGACAACGUGCGUCGACUUUUUCGUUCUAUAUUAAGCAUGCUGCGAAUUUCAAAUUUUAAAAGUGGAAUAUGCUGACCUUAAGAGCUCCUUUUAAUCUUUUUUCUCUCGUUUUUUCAAUGCGAAUUCCGUUAUCACAAGGGAAGUCACUUUGCUUUGCGGUUUGGGAUUUUGUUGAAAAUUGGCCAGACAACUUCUUAAACAAGCGGAAUGCCUGAGAAUCUUAACCUGCAAAACUUUUUGUUUUUCAGAAAUUAAGGCUCAAAGUCCGAAAAAGUAGGCCAUUUUGCUACUUCGAGUUCUCAUAAUUCAAAAACUAGAAUUUUGUGCAGGUAUAAACUCUUCUUAUCAUCAUCUGGUACACCCAGGAGUGUCCUGGUCAAUUUUCAAUGAAUCCGCAAAGUAAAAUGACUCUCCUUGCCAGAGUUAAUCUGCCCACAUUUGAAAGUUUUAAAACAAUGGACACUUAGUCUUACUAGGAAGGUUAUUUUAGUUUGCAGUUGGGAUUUUCCUGCAAAUUAGUCAGAACGCUCCUUGAUUUACCAGAAGACGGUUCUGAAAGUUUCAACCUGCAUAAUUUCCUCGUUUUUGAAAAAAAGACGCCUCAAGUCAAAGAAAACCCUCAAAAUCCAUUUAAAUGGACUAUUGUGAGGCUUCAGGCCUUUAUUUCUUGUAAAGUGGGAGGUGGUGAAGGUUGAGACCUUCAGGAUUCUGGCUUGUUUUCAAGGAAUUUUCAACCGCAAAGCGAAAUUACCUUCCUUGUUAAAGGGUGUUCCCUAUUUUGAACCGAAUGGCGUCAACUGUUUUUGGUAUCCCCUCUAGAUUUUUCGGAAAGGGUCAAGUUGAAUCCUAAAAAUCGUGUUUUACAACAUAUUUGAUUUAUAGAAAAAGUUAUCAUGACGCCUUUUUUUCCCAACUCAUCCUAAACCCAAAUGGCGCAGAACAAGUCUGCGCCUAAUGGAGUCAUAUUCUUAUUGAACUCAUUGAUUCCAUACGUACUUUGUUAGUACUCAUUUUUGCUGGUACAAAAAAGUCAUGAUGAUUUUUUUUUAAAUCAGAGGUUUUCACGCUUCUUCUUGUCACUGUUAUUCGAAUUAUAAAGCAAAAUACUUCUAGCCUAAAAGGUCAACAACUGAAAAGAGUUUCAGGGUGGCGAAGAAGAGAUUCCCGCGGAGGCGCUGGACUUCAACCGAAAAAUCCUGCACACGGCGUGGCAUCCUUCGGACAACAUCAUCGCACUCGCCGCCACUAACAAUCUUUACGUUUUCUCCGACAUCUGA